AUGGAGCUCAAGUGGAAUCUGAAUUCCUGUUGUUGUCAAAAAGGACUUUUCGCUGCAUUUCGUCACCACCUGUUAUGCAACUUCAAUUUUAGCGAAACCAAGCUCUACAGUUCAGAUGAUGAGAAACUGGACCUGAAAUCAGCGGAGGCCGCGUGCAGUGACCGGGAGGACAGUUCAGCCGACAGCGAGAACGAAAGCUUCUCCGACGGGAACACCUGCGCUUCAGCGUCCCAGAAAAGCAAACUCAAAGGCGGCUCACAGGACGCGUUACCGCCGGGCGGCUCUGCGGGAAAGAGCCGGAGGAGGCGGACUGCUUUCACUAGCGAACAGCUGCUGGAACUCGAGAAGGAGUUUCACUGUAAGAAGUAUCUGUCCCUCACCGAGCGCUCUCAGAUCGCGCACGCACUCAAACUCAGCGAGGUCCAGGUCAAAAUCUGGUUCCAGAACCGCAGGGCCAAAUGGAAACGGAUCAAAGCCGGGAACGUCAACAACAGAUCCGGGGAGCCCGUCCGGAACCCCAAAAUCGUGGUGCCCAUUCCCGUGCACGUCAACAGGUUCGCAGUGCGGAGUCAACAUCAACAGAUCGAACCCGGCAGCAGGCCAUGAACUCCUCAAUGAAAAUGACCCUGAACUGCUCAAACGAACAUUUACAUGACCCACAUUCCCACAGGUCAGGGGUCACACGCCACAGAUGCAUGAAGCACACCUAAAAGGAGACCAUUCCAGUAUCUAGAAGGACAUUCAGUGACUUUUUUAGGAAACACUUUGUCGACUUUCAAUUAAAAA